AUGAAUCAUUCUACAGAAGACCAGCAUCAGAAUCCGUUAUCGAGUAGUGGCAUGAACCCUGGAAAUAGAACCGGAACCCAGUUGCAACCGCAAUUCUCCACAUCCCCAACGGUUCCCCUACAAUAUUUGCAACAACUUCCACCUCCACCACCACUGCAAAUUAUAUAUUCCAAUAAUCAACAGGACCAAAUGGGAUCUCAUUUGCCGGCUAUAUCGUCGUAUACAUUCCCUCGACCUCCAGAACAGGCUCCAAAUCCGUCCUUGCUUUCUGGCGUUUCAGGCGAUCCUCAUCUUCACCCGCAUAAUAAUCUGUCGACCAAUGCAUGGAAACAAACCUCACCAAAUAUUAUUCCGCCCGUCCAAUCGUACUCUUCCUUUAAUCCCCAAACAGGAGUGCUCACCAACGCUUCUAAUGACACAUCAAGAAGCUCGUAUGGUCAGGUAUUGGAACCUACUGAUUUGCAGCCUAUUCAGCAUAAUGUUCACCCUUCUUUCGUUCCACAGAUCCCUGUCACAGCGAUGCUCCCAACAGGAAGUAAUCCUCAUGCGUAUCAUCAGUCGAUUGUACCGCCAAUUUCAACGUCGUCCCUUCCACAGAAAAGAACUCAAUUACCAUGUCCUGAAGACAUCGUGCUGUCUUUAAGACAACAUAAGAGACUUAAAAUAACAGAUGACGAAUCAAUAUACAAUGAAAAAUUCACUCCAAUGGCUCACACUGCUCCUUCAGACAUGAUACCCAUAAUCCCCUUGAAAACAAGCAUAUAUGACUUCUACACUGAUUUCCCAAAGGUAACAGAUGUGAAAGUCCAUGAACAGGUCCAGAACAUCUUAUACCAGUUCCCACCGCCAUACCCUCCAUCCUCGUCAUUGUUAGCCACCGCUGCUGGUUCCGCUCCAACGGCUGAAGAUUUCAGACAUCGGUAUAUGACUUCAUCGGAAGACUCUGGUCUGGAUAAUAAUGCCACACCUAAUACGUCUCCUACUUCCACACCCAGGGUUAAUGCAAAACAAAUACCCUGUCUCGAGGGGGGAAUCUAUGUUCCAUUUAUUUAUCCCCCUCCACCUAUAAUAAAACCAUCUGAAAUCCCAUAUUCGUUAUCGAAGUUCAGAGAAAGCAUAGAGUUACUGCAGCAAAAUGGGAAUAAUAACAACAAUGUACUUGUUCCAUCAGAGUACCCAGAAAUUGCUCCUUUACCUUUUCCUCCUUCUAAUUACAUGCCAUAUCCAAUCCAUUCGGACAAGGGACCACUUACGCCGCCAGAGGUAGUUGACAGUUUCUUAGAUGCACUGAAAUAUCUUCCUCGGGUUGAUAUGAUAGUGGCCAGUGCCGCAGGGUCCCUUUAUGAGUUGCUUAAUUCUUCGCCCGAUCAAAUAUCCAACCUAAUUGCCAAACAAGAUGAACUUCGCCGUAAAGAAGAUGCAAGAGUUUUAGGUGAAGAGUUUCUGGAUGAUGAUAGUGUGGAUGAUCAUAAGGAUGACGCAGAGAAAACCAACGAGGGAGAAGACGAGGAUGAUUAUGCGUUUCUUAAACAUAUCGAUUAUCAAGAUUAUUAUCGUUUGGAUUCCGAAAGAAAACCUAUAUUUCCGUGGUCUAAAGACUCCGUUGAUAGUCAGGUUGUUGUGAACACUAUUCCAUCAGACUAUGCAUCUACAACUAGUAUUAUAAGUGAUUCGAGAAAUGGAAGGAACGACGUAGUAAGUAAAGGGGCCAUUGAAAGAUACAACCCAUUUACUACAACCGAAGUUAAGGAGAUAGAACUUGACAGGAAUGUUGCUUCUUACCCUGAUUCCAUUAAAGAGAUAAUUCCAAACAUCAAUAGAGAUAUAGUUUCUGCAAGUGGAAACUUCUUCUUGAGAAGACAAGCUGAUUUAAAGGAUGCUUUGACCGCUGUUGAGUCGUUUACAGAAGAAAAGAAACAUCAAAUAUACCAAGAGAAGAAACUUGCGUUACUUGAAAAGUUAUCAACAUUACGAAAGAGUAAAAUCAAGUUCAUCGCUGAAGAGGGCGAUAUUAUGAACGAGGAAUUACAGCAGAAGUUGAAUGACAUAGGAGUCGAGAGAGAUACUGAGUUGAUAAGACAGAAAUUAGCUGAUGAUUAUGAAAAGUUGAAAUGUUCGUUACAAUUCUAUCAAGAUUCAAAUAAAGCUUAUAAGAAUUUGAAUUUGAUGAUGGUUAAUAAGCUUCAGAAGUUAAAGAAUUUUUUUGAAUACCAACGCAAGAUUCUUAAUCUGCAUUUAGAAGACAAAUCGAGCGAGAUAUUUGAUAUCAAAUCCAAAGAAAGCUCUAAAUUGUUUUAUGGAGUCAACAAUGAUACGGAUUAUGCCCAAGUAAUUAAGAAAGCUCUCCGCCAUAAGUCAGAAAGCGUUGAACCGGAAGAAGAAGAUUCUUUUAUAUUUGAUAACGAAGGUGGUGCUCCUACAGGAUACAGCGCUUCAUUUAGUCCACAGGAUUCCAACUUAUUUAAAGAUCCACAUUCAAUUUCAGAUACUUUACUGGCGAAAUCAUCGACUGCACUUGUACAUGAUUUGAUGCCAUUAAUUACACCUGCUGAGUUCGAUUUAAUUACUGGAGAUUUACCCAAUCAAGUGAAGAACCUCACCAUGAAGUCCAAGUCAGCUGAUAAGAUAAGCAAGUCUAAUCUCAUCAACGUUAAACAUAAAAUCUUCCAAAGUGCACUUUAUGAUCCAAUGUACACCAGUGGCUCAGACAGUAACACGUCUGACUUUGCGGCCAUGGGUACAGGUGUGAUUGAUAGACUUGUUUUCAAUGCAGCAGCAGGAGACAUGACAAAUUCUGGUAUGCCGCAAUCAAGUAAUGUUAGCACUGGGGGAGGUAGUGGACCGGGACCUACAACGCCAAAGAGACGAGGUAGAAGAGCAGCUGCAUCACUGUCGAGCAAUAGUAUGGGCCAUUUGGCGCCUGGUGGUAGCAAGUCGGUCGAGGAUAUUGAUGUUAGUAAGUACCUGGAAGCAUUACUAUUAGCUAAGAUCAUGAAGCAUUUCCAAGGUCCUCAAAUUGCCAAAGGAAAUGAAUUGAACGAGGAUUUGGAUGCCAUGGGAAUUAAUACGAGAUGGCCUGUAAAAUAA